AUGGACGCAAAUGCAGUAGCUAUGAAUAACGAAGACAGUCUCCGUCUUCCCCACUCCGUUGGUCACAGUAGCAGAAUCCAUUCUCUUGGUAACAGUAAGAGAAUCCAACCUAUCACUAAUGCACUGAGCUUAGAAGUCAUUAACAGUGGAGAUGAAGAGAAGAAGCUGAAAGAGCCUGCUACUUUGAGUAAAUGGUUGCGAUUGGAAGAGUUCAGUAGCUUGGAGACAUGGCGAGCAACCUUUGCAGAAUUUCUAGGCAUGGCCACGGCAUGUUUUGCAAUGGAUGUGAUGGUCGUCGGCACCUUAGAGACGGACCCACAAACUGGAAUCCUCUUAAUGUCUAUCCUUGCCGCCAUCAUCAUCUCAAUUAUGCUUAUCGCCACUUUCCCAGUCUCUGGUGGUCACCUUAACCCAGCCAUCUCCUUCUGCGCCGCACUGAUGGGCCUCGUCUCGGUGUCUCGCGCUUUCAUGUACAUUGUAGCCCAAAGCCUCGGUGCCGUGAUUGGCACGUUAGCAUUCAAGGCCGUGGUCAGCAACCAAAUCGGUACUACUUAUUCGUUUGGUGGUUGCAACCUCGGCGUCAUCGUCCAGGGCCCCAACGGACCCUACACUAUGGGCAUUGGAACUGGCCAAGGGCUUUGGCUUGAGAUCUUAUCCAUGUUCAUGGUUCUUUAUUCCGCUGGAAGUAUUGGGUUCGUUCGUAACCCAGCCCUGUCAAAGGGCCCAGUUUUCAAUUAUUCAAUUAUCGGAAUCAUGGUAGGGAUGGCGAUAUAUGUGACAGGGACGGUGACACAGGUGAAAGGGUACCCUGGUGCAGGGUUGAACCCUGCACGGUGUAUUGGACCAGCGAUUGUUAUGGGUGGACACCUUUGGGACAGGCAUUGGGUUUUCUGGGUGGGCCCAGGUAUAGCGUCCGUGGCGUUUUAUCUUUACACGAAGAUUGUACCAAGUCAGCAUUUCUACGCGUAA